AGGAUACAUCACAGCGACAUCGACACGAAAGACGCGUCUGCUCCUCCAGGGCCUCUUACAAUACUGGGGCCUAUAUUUUUCCUUCUCCGCAACUACCUCUCAAGAUCAACCUGGUAUUCCGUCGACAUCUCCGGACCUCGCAUUCGCCCUCAAACUACUCCGACGCUUACGGGCUUCAGCCGCUGCGGCCGGCGUCGACUCGUCCCAUUUAGUCGACAAAGUUUUCUAUGCGCUCUACCUCUCUCGGAUCCUCGUCCUUUAUCACUUCCUGGACAGCCUUCCAUCCGAUCUCUCCGAGAGUCAAGCCCACAGAGAAUGGCUCUACUUCCAACUCGCUCCACCGCGGACAUCGGCAGGCGUCGAUAUAUUUACGGCCGUCUUGGAGGGCGUUGCCGGAGGGGACGUUGACGAUUUGCGGGUGAUUGCGGAACGUAAACUCACUGCUCUAGGCUGGAGGAACCACCGGUGGUUCUCUCAGUCACUCUAUGGAACCGAUGUGGAGGGAGUGGAGGGAGGGUUCUUUGUCGAUCCUCUGGAAGAAGUGCACCCACCGCUAUAUCUCGUCAUCGAUGAGAUCGAGAUGCCCGUUAGUGAGGGCCUCGAACCCCGAGCUGCUGGCCAUAUUGCUCGCAGGCGCACAGAGGUCUACUCUCUUCUCUGCCGAGAUCGCACAUAAUGUCAGUGUAAUCGACCAGGGUUUCUUUCAUCGCUUGCCUAAACCCCAGCUCCCAGCAUUAUAUCUAUUAGCUUAUCCUGUUGACUACAUGUUUCCUCUUCG